UAAAAACAAAAUCAAGUAAAUAAAUUCAUUUGAACGAUCAUUAUGCAAAACAGUUUCAAAAAUAAACAAAUUCAGCUCAAGUUUUGCUUCUUCAGUCUAUUGAUUGGCGCUGUCGAAAUGCAGGAAAAUGAUUUUAAAUGUUCAAAGUACAAACAAUUGGUGUUCGAGGAAACGAAAACAUUUAGUUAUUAUCUGCCGGGUGCCAAUGAAUUAUCUUUUACCGAAGAUCACUGUUCAACUUCUGAAGGUUUUGUUGUGGGCGGUGAAAAUGCUCGUCCCAAAGAAUUUGCUUUUGCGGCCCGUUUGGGUCAUAUGGCUGAUAAUGGUUAUGUUAAUUGGUUCUGCGGUGGUACGCUUUUAAGCGAAUCUGUUGUGCUAACCGCUGCUCAUUGUUUUUAUGCUUCACUGGGCGAGGUCAAUCGUGUACGCUUAGGAGAAUUAGAUUUCGAUACUGAUUCCGAUGAUGCUGAACCUGAAGAUUUCAAUGUACAAAAAUUAAUCGAACAUCCUGACUACAUUUAUGGUGAACCCUAUAACGAUAUUGGUUUAGUUAUGUUAUCUUCAACUGUCAAAUUUGAUCGUUACAAACAUCCAGCCUGUUUGCCAAUAUCAUCCAGCCUGCAAAAUUCCGACUAUUUUAUUGCCAUAGGUUGGGGUCAUAUAAAGUUUUCGGGUAAAAGUCCAUCAGAUUUGCAAAAAGUUACUCUAAGGUCUUACUCUUACGCGAAGUGUCAAUGGUUGGCUGAAGGACCGGAGGGUAAAGAAAGACUACCAGGUGGCCUCAAAUAUUCUCAGCUUUGUGCCGGCUCCACUGAGGAAAAAGACACUUGUCAAGGAGAUUCUGGAGGUCCUUUACUGGCGCAACAUACAAAAUAUCCCUGUAUGUUUAGUGUGGUGGGAAUUACUUCGUUAGGUGUUGGUGGAUGUGCCAUACCAAAUGUACCUGCGAUAUAUACCAAUGUUAACUUUUAUUUAGAUUGGAUUAGUAAAUAUGUAUAUUAGAGUGUCCCGCAGAAAAAAAUCUUAUAUUAAA